UAACACAGCACAGAGGAAUCUGUCCUCCUACCCCUCUCUCUCACUUGGCCCCGGGCCCCUGCGAUAGAGCACUAAGCGGGGACUUUUAGUGAUACCAGGGGGUGUGGAGUUUGGACAGUAACCCAAGCCAGUACAAACAGCCCAAAUAUAUCCACAGUCACUCUGCAGUUGGGGAUUGAGUGGGCAUCUGGAUGAAGACUGGCGCUAGAGUAAAGACCAAAGUAUAACAGAAGGAAAGAAAGUUUAGGAUCUUUGUUUUAUCUUUGUCUGGGAUGAACUUCACUUUGGGCUUCAAACCAGCGAUGGGAGAUUCAAGUUCAGUGGAGAACUUAGAGAAACAGCUCAUUUGCCCCAUCUGUCUGGAGAUAUUCACCAAGCCUGUGGUCAUUUUACCCUGCCAGCAUAAUCUCUGCAGGAAGUGUGCCAAUGAUGUUUACAAGGCCUCCAACCCUCUUUGGCAAAACCGGGGCCCUGUGUCUACAGGGGGACGUUUCCGCUGCCCAUCUUGUCGUCAUGAGGUGGUAUUGGACCGGCACGGUGUAUAUGGCCUUCAGAGGAACCUGCUAGUGGAGAAUAUCAUUGAUAUCUACAAAUCAGAGUCUACCAGGCCACUCCUGCCCAAAGCAGAGCAACAGCAGCUGAUGUGUGACCAGCAUGAGGAUGAGAAGGUCAACAUCUACUGCCUCACCUGUGAGACACCAACAUGCUCCAUGUGCAAAGUGUUCGGGGCUCAUAAGGACUGUGAUGUGGCCCCGCUGCCAGACAUCUACAAGAGACAGAAGACAGAGCUAAGUGAUGCCAUAGCCAUCUUGGUGGCCGGAAAUGACAGAACACAGGCUCUGAUCUCACAGAUGGAGGAUAUUGGUAGGACAAUCAAGGAAAAUGGUCACCGGCAGAUGCAGUACAUCUCUGAUAAAUUUGAUGAACUUUACGCCAUCCUAGAAGACCGCAAAAGGGAACUGAUAGAGACUGUCGGCCGUGAGCAGGACCAAAAACAGGGCCAUGUGCGCUCCCUUAUCCGUCGCCACGGAGAUCACUUGGAGAUGUCCGUCAAACUUGUAGAGACCGCCAUCCAGUCCAUGGAGGAACCUCAAAUGGCUGUGUUCCUGCAGAGCGCAAAAGAAGUGUUCAAGAAGAUCACAGACACUGCCAAGGCUUCCAACACUGAGCGGACGGAGGUGGGCUACGAGAGCAUGGCCCACUUCAUCAUUAACACGGAGGAUGUGGCCGACAUGCUGAGAGGCAUCAACUUCCAAACAGGUGAAGAUGUGGAAGACCGCGGUGAUGAAGCCCCUGAAGACCCGACCACCUCACUUGGUCAGACUGGUGAAUCAGGGAGAUGCAUAUAACUUAUUUUUAAACCCAAGGUUAGUUUCAAAGAGGAUGUUUCCUCAAAGGACGGUUGACCCCAAAAUGAAAAUUAAUUUAGUCACCCUAAUGUUGUUCCAAAUCUGUCUGUCUUCUGUAGAAUCAAACACUAAUGGAGCCCAGUGACUUCCAGUGUAUAGACCCCCCCCCACCCCAGACAUUUCUGAAAAUAUCUUUUUUUUUAAUGUUACAUAGAAGAAACCAAUUCGGGUUUAGACUUUUCUUUGUACUUCUUUACACGUUCUAACUUUUAUUUAUGUACAUGAUGGUCUGAAAACUUUCUAGAAAGCCUGCUGUAUCAUAUUUGAUACACCAAUUUCUAAGUCCUCUAAAUGAUCCAUACUUUGUCUUAUUGUACACAAUCUAUUACACACCUUCUGUUAUGUUUAUACAUUUUUAGCAAAUAAAAGGCAUUUUAGUAUAAUUCUGAAAACGUCCACCUUCUGAUAGAUGUGUCUUUUUGCUGUACGAUAUUACUGUGACAUCUACUGAUUUUUAUAAAGUAAGAAUAAUUUGAAUAUUUAAAAAAAACUUACUGGACUGAAGCAAGUAGGUUUACU